GUUUCCAAAUUGGCGACUUUGGAAUUUGUGGUCAGCCAGUCCCACAUUGGUACUUGGUACCAGUUCCCCUCCUAGCUCGUUGUCAGUUGUGUUGGUUGUGAGAAAGACAGAAGAAAUAAUGGCAGGCCCUCAGUGCUGCUCGAACCCACCGACCCUGAACCCAACCAGUGGAUCCGGCCACGUUGAGAAGCUUGGUGGUCUCGACUCCUAUCUCACUGGCUCUCCUGACUCCAAGCUUGCCAUUGUUCUUGUCUCCGACAUUUUUGGGUAUGAGGCUCCAAACUUGAGGAAGCUCGCAGACAAAGUUGCAGCUGCUGGCUUCUUUGUUGUGGUCCCUGACUUCUUUUAUGGAGACCCUUAUGUACCUCCAGCUGAUGGAUCCUUGGACUCUCUACCUACAUGGCUGAAAGGUCAUGGACCGGAGAAGCGAUUUGAAGAUGUUAAACUAGUUAUUGGAGCUCUAAAAAGUCAAGGCGUCUCUUCAAUCGGUGCUGCAGGCUUCUCUUUGGGAGCCAAGGUAGUAGUUGAACUUGCAAAGGGUGACUUUAUCCAAGCUGCUGUUCUGGCUCAUCCUUCUUUAUUCACUGUGGAUGAUAUCAAGGCUGUUAAGGUUCCAAUAUCUAUACUUGGAGCUGAGAUUGAUCAGAUGUCUCCGCCUGAAGUCGUGAAACAAUUUGAAGAGGCUUUGGCUGCAAAGUCUGAGAUCAAAAGUCAUGUGAAGAUAUUCCCAAAAGUGUCGCAUGGAUGGACUGUGAGGUAUGAUGUUUCAGACAAAGAAGCUGUGAAGGUCGCUGAGGAGGCUCAUAAAGAUUUGUUGGAGUGGUUUGUGAACCAUGUCAGGUGAAUGAUAUCAUCAUUGUAGCAAUAUUUGUUAUAUUGUCACUUUAAGAUGAGAACGGUGUGGGUCUUAUGGUUUAGAUAAGGGCUAGACAUUUUAUGUAGCAAUAAUUGUUUGUAAAUUUGUUCCUUGGAUUAAUGCAAUGUUUGAACUUUAGUA